AUGCAGGACGAGCUGACUCUGUCCACCGAGGAGCAGACGACCUGCCGCAAGGCGCGGCCUGUCGUUCCCCUCACGGACGUCCCUGUCACCCGCGGCCUCACUCCUGCGCAGAUUGGCGCAAUGCGCAAUCAGCCCGACCCCGAUCUCGAGGAGUUGAAGCAGCCCCUCUCCGCCUGGUACUGUCGGUGGAAGUGCAGGUCUCCCGCCGCCGGCGAGUUCCAGUUGGGAGACGAUGCCGACUUCAACGAAGUCGACUGCCCCUUCCCCGACCCCAUCGCGGCCCGUGGCCACGACAUGACCGCGAACGGGGAGCAGGAGGAGUCCUACCGACUGACUCGCUCCGCAGGGCUCUCGUCCGACCGACGGGAUGCUGCUUUGGCGGUGUUCCAUGAGAGCACCCGCCGGCUGGGCCAUUGGGCGGGGACCGCCAUCUCCUCCGUCAUUCAAGCCCACAACCUGCGAUGGAUGGCGGCGGUGGAGUUCGACCACGCCUCCAUCUCGUACCUCAAGGCGGUCUGGAAGCUGUACUCACUCCCGCAACUGCAGCGCGCAGCCGGCAUCCGGUACCUGCUCGCAGCUUCCCCCGCCGACCACAUCACGCUCAAGCAGGGGCGGCCCAGUCGGCCUGAGACGUACUGGCCCACCCUGUCCAACAACACGUUCCCCUACCCCGCGGCCACCGCCUCCAAACGUACGGUGAGCGUGUACUACUGGAACAUCCCGACCUCCAACUGGAGUAUGGGGCUUCGACUGGUGGACGGGACCAUGCCUCGGAAGGACACAUUCACGUUUGGCGACCCCAGCCCCGACGAUGCCUACGGCGCGUUCCUCGCCAAGCACUUGCGGACUAUCCCCAAAACGGAGCGUGCGGAGAGCACCAAGCUCCACGGGGCAUCGAUCUGUCAAAACCUGGUCGCGCUGUUCUCCGUCCCCGGGCUGUAUCGACACAUCUGCGAACUGGGCGGGUACUUUGUCCACCCCCGGCGUGUCGUGGCGGCCUAUCCGUUCAAGGACACGAACAUCACACUCCUUGCGGCCUGGCUGGCCGAAUUCGGACUCGGAGACAUGGAUCCUUACAUCCUGUACUUUGAGCGAUGGGCUCGGUUAUCCCGUGAACGUAUGCCGGAUCAGUCUCGCACCCACGCACUCCCUUUCGAUACAGUGGAGGAGUUCUCGGCGUCGCCGCUAGCUCUCCAGGUCGUGGGUCGUGAGACCAUCCAGUGGGGACCGCGCGUGUUCGAGUCGCCGGACUUCCCGAGCACUAGGGUGUUCGUUCCCGACUCGGAUGGAACCACCAGCGAGCCCAGCGUGGGCCAACCUCGCUCACCGGUCGCAAGCCGUGCCAGCUCCUCACGGGCACUCCAACGUCCUGCCGACGACAAGGAGGACGCCAUCAGCUUUGGUAGCGACGACUCCGACGACAAAUUCGCCGACAGAGCGGUGCUUGGAGGAGCGAGCAGCGCGAAGACCUCUCCAAGUCCCCUAAAGCCGGGGAGUUGUCCAGAUAGUGAGGGCCUGGCCAAGAGCGUGCUUGGCAUCGAAGAAGAGCUGCGGCAGAAGGAAGAGGAGGAGGACGUGAACGAGAUGAUGUUCACUUUCGAUAAGUUCAAGCAGAAGUCUUCGCAGAUGCUGAUCAACGCAAGCGCGCAGUAA